AUGCCAGCGAACGGUCCGGUACAGUGGUUCCGCCAUCCGGUUUACCGCGCCGUAGCAGCGGAUCCUCGCGUUUAUUGCCCGCACACAGGCUCCCCACGAGUGGACCAGCCCGCCGUACAGGAUGACCCCCCGGCAGCGCAAACGGUGGCACCAGCUGCAUUAGCCAGUGCCGAUAAUACGCUGGAAGAUAUCGAGCCCGAUAGCAGAUAUUCCAGCGAGGCCGAGGCAGACCGGCCCCGAUAUCUCCCCGGAUUCCUUUCUCCGUUAUCCCCCCCUACAUUGUCCGUGCGAGCCGGCAGCCAGGAGCUACAGCCGCUAGUUGCUACCCCCCGGACCUGCCGCACGGGCAAGUCGUUCCAGGAGCAGUUAGCAUCGAUAGUACAGGCAUUUAUGGGGCCGCAGUGGGUCCGGGACCGGCUGCGGGCCGAACCGGCCAUACAGGCCCGAUUUACCGUCCGGCAGCGGCGGCAACAGCUGCACCCCCCGACCGUGGCGCAAUACUUCCAGCAGGUAGUACAGUUCAAGGAGAAGCUAGCUGUCCUAGUACAGCGCAAUAUAUUUAUCGAGGACGGGCUAGUAGCAGUAGUCAGUGUAUACCACAAGAGAUUUUAUGCCAGCAAUGACAUCAAAGUGAUCUACCGGUAUUUACCGCGGGAGGUCGGAGAGCUCGUGGUAUGCACGAGUUACCGUCUACAGCCAACCGGGCUCCUCCCAGCCGGGAGAAUGCGUUCAUCUGGGGACCCGAUCCCGGGACGCGGCAUUAAUGGUUAUCCGAGCGACUGCGCAUACCGGGAGCUCGCUAUCGGGAUCAGCCGGCGGUUUAUGCGGCUAUCCAGCGCGUUUGUACAUAACUGCCAGGAGGAGCAGGAGGUCGCGGUACAGGCACUUAACCCGGACGCGGAAGACGGAAUGGAUCUAGAGCAAUAG